GUGGUCCGCGGGCCCCGGGCUCCGGCAGGCGGGUGGGCGCCUGACCUCACAGCCUGCGACCUUGGUCGCGCUGGCAGCGAUGGCGCGCAAGUCGAAUUUGCCGCUGCUUCUCGUGCCGCUGCUGCUCGGCCCGGCCCUGGUGCGCGGCUCCAGCUCUCUCCCUCUGGUCCUCAACACUUGGCCUUUUGAGAAUGCAACCGUAGCAGCAUGGCAGACAUUACUGUCUGGAGGUUCUGCCCUGGAUGCAGUUGAGAGCGGCUGUGCUGUGUGUGAGAGAGAGCAGUGCGAUGGCUCUGUGGGCUUUGGAGGAAGUCCUGAUGAACUUGGGGAGACUACACUGGAUGCCUUGAUCAUGGAUGGCACUGUUAUGAAUGUUGGCGCAGUAGGAGAUCUUAGACGGAUUAAAAAUGCAAUUGGUGUGGCACGGAAAGUACUGGAACAUACAACACACACACUGUUAGUGGGAGAGUCAGCCACCAUUUUUGCUGAAAGUAUGGGAUUUAUCAAUGAGGACUUAUCUACCAGUGCUUCUCAAGCUCUUCAUUCCAAUUGGCUUGCUCGGAAGUGCCAACCAAAUCACUGGAGAAAUGUUGUUCCAGAUCCUUCAAAACACUGUGGACCUUACAAACCACCUGGUAUUUCAAUGCUGACUGAGCCCACCCAUAAAGUAACAAGAGAUCUUCAUGGUCAUGAUACUAUUGGCAUGGUUGUAAUUCAUAAAUUGGGACAGACUGCUGCUGGUACAUCUACAAAUGGUAUAAAAUUCAAAAUACAUGGUCGUGUAGGUGAUUCUCCAGUUCCUGGAGCCGGGGCCUACGCUGAUGAUAGUGCAGGAGCAGCUGCUGCCACCGGGGACGGUGACAUAUUGCUACGUUUUCUACCAAGUUACCAAGCUGUAGAAUACAUGAGAAAUGGAGAGGAGCCAACUGUAGCGUGCCAAAAAGUGAUUUCAAGAAUCCAGAAGUAUUAUCCAAACUUCUUUGGGGCUGUUAUAUGUGCCAAUGUGAUUGGAAGUUAUGGUGCUGCCUGCAAUAGACUUCCAAAAUUUACUCAUUUUACGUUCAUGGUUUAUAAUUCUCUAAAAAAUCAUCCAACUGUGGAAAAAGUAGACUGCAUCUAAUCCAUUUUUUUCUAUCAAUAUCUGCACUUAAAGAAGAAAGCAACAAUGGCUGUAAAACAUACUCACUGUCAUGUAUUUAAAAAUCUUGUGUAAAACAAGCACAAAAAUAAAUUAUCUGAAAUGGUA